UAAUCGUUUGUAAACGACACUAGCACGUAGCACUCGCUUCUCAAUCACGCGAUGCAGAUCAGCAAGCUGUUUCUCGCAACGCUGCUGCCUUUCAUGGCUAGCGCAAACGAACACACAUCGUGCUGGUGCCAAAUCAAGACCAGCGACGAGUGCCAGAAGUCGGCUUGCACCGCUUAUGGCCUUACCCGAGCAUUUUUCAAUCUCCCUCGGGAAUACAACAUAUAUAACGCAGCAACCAGGUGGCAAGGGACAUCCUGCCAAGUGGUUACUCAAGAUGGGGUCGUCAGCGGGGGCCUUGGAGGCAACGAGUACGAGAAGGUGUGCCAGGAUAAUUGCCACGUUGGUUCGUCAUGCGAUGGUUAGGCCGACACUAGGAGAAUUCUUGCGGAGUUGGUUCGGCAUGUGACACCUAGGGCAACAUCCACACACAGAUUAACAAAUUCAAUUAAGAUGUUUCAU